CUGUCUCACACUCCAGUUUUAUCCUAACACCAUGAAGCUGAUCGCCCCAAUUGCCGCCUUCAUUGCCGCCGCCUCAGCCGGCCAGAUCUACCCCGGCCAAUCAGUGGAGAAAUACGCACAGUCAGCGGAGCAGUACCAAUCAGGGCUCGAGUUCCAACAACGCGGCUUGUAUUCUGACCACGCACAGGCGCCGCAGAGCUUCGAUCAUGAAACUGUGCACUCCAGCAGACCAGCUGGGGAGAAAACCGCAAGGAUCCUCGGUUUCGAAGUGGAGAACAAGGGACACGAAUAUAAGUACUCUUUUGAGACUGAAAAUGGGAUCAAGGCCGAGGAAGCUGGCCAGACCUCAGAGCAUGGUACCGUAGCUCACGGUGCCUACUCCUACAAGGGUGAUGAUGGCCAAACCUACACUGUCACUUACACUGCUGAUGAGCAUGGCUUCCACCCUCAAGGACAGCACCUACCCACACCACCACCAGUGCCUGAGGAGAUACUGAAGAGCUUGGAACUGAAUGCUAAGGAUGAAGCCGCUGGUAUUUUUGAUGACGGAAAAUACAAGGAGCAAUCUGGCCAUGGUCCCGCUAGUGGUCACCAGCAGCACGAAGCCACUUACCAAUCUAUUGGCUACCAGGUCCCAUCAGGACAUGGAUCUGGCGCUAACCUGGCGUUCCAUGGUCAAUCAAAUCAUCUCUCUGGCGCCGACUUAGCUUACCACGCUCAUGCAGCCAAUGCAUUGUCCAGCCAAGGUUUUCAAGGCCACUCUUCUGGUACCCAAUUGGGACAUCAGGCCUCUGCAAACGAGGGCAUUCAGUUUACAUUUCAUGCUCCCUCAGGCCAUGCUUCUGGCGCUCAAGCAUCGUACAACGCCCCAUCUCAUAGCUCAAACCCUCAAUUAGCCUACCAUGCUCAAGCAGCACAAUCUUCAGGACCGCAACUAACUUUUCAACUACCAUCAGAACAUAGCAAUGGUCAAUUGGCUUUCCACGCUCCUUCAGGUCAUGGGUCUGGUGCCCAGUUGGCGUUUCAAGCUCCUACAGGCCAUGCAUCUGGCUCUCAAAUGAUGUAUAAUGGAUAUGCUGGCAAUGCCAAUUCAGGCUAUGCUACCAUUCCUGAAUUUGCUUAUAAUCAUUAA